AUGGCGUCAAGUGUAUCACGCGUGCUACUGGGACCUGCGCACGAAGCGCUCGUGGAACGUAUCCUACUGCAUCUGGACUUGGAGUCGGUGCUGUCGGCGGCCAAGCUACCACUUCGUGCCGCGUACUAUGGCUUUCCUUCCAGCUACAUCGACUUUGACCACCCCCUCUUCGGUGUUGCGCCUUCGCCCUUUGAGAUGAUCGAAAGGUGUAUCGGCGUACAGAGAGGCUGGCAGAACCUCAAGCCCAAGGCCAUAAAGCUGAUCACCCAGCCAACCAUGACGAUCCAGCAGCUUGUGCCCACCUGUGGCCUGGUCAUCAUGGCGGGCACUACACUUCAGCAGCAGUGCUCUGGCCGCGGCAACGACCUUUACGGCUGGGUUGUGCGCGACCUGUACUCUCUGCGCGAUGGCAACGCCGCCAAAGGUGCACCGUCGUUUUCUGCCACCUGUGACACUGCCUUUCAAUGCCUGGCUGCCUCCCGUGAGGACAACAUGGUCGCCACCGCCAGCAUCACGCGCAAUGGCAGCACCGUCGACGUCACGAUACGGUUCUACAUUCUCGAGCCCACCGACAAGCACCAGUGGAAUGACGGUGAUGACAUUGUCGCUGUCCCCCAUCCGGCAGCGGCCACCAUCUCGUUCAAUGAGAAUGUUCGAGACCCUCCGGACCAAAUGUUGGCAGAGUUACCGGACUUUGCCACCCCCACCUUUCAGCUUGGCCCCGACGGUUCGUUGAUGCUCAGCAUUGGGUACCCCCAGAGCACGAGAAUGUGGAACUGGCGUACAGGGACUCAGACCAUGUCCUUCUUAGGGGUUACGAAACCUUUCCUGGCACACCCGGUGUCCCGCUGGGGCCAAACGAGCUACUCUGUUUGGGGUCUUCCCAGGGAACAGCAGGCAUGGCUGGUGACUGCUUCCGCCUACUUCAAUCUGCCAUCGCGGCAGAAAUGUCGACUCGCCCAGAGCCUUGGUUCCGCCACCUGCCUUGCAGCGACACCACACACCGGAAUGCCGUUGUGGCAGGGCGGUUUCACCCGCCCAGUGUGGCCAACGGUGGUAGGACUGCUGGAUGAGUUACAGCAGGCAUCCCGGCAGUGGGUGGACCAAGGCGUUCAGAGCCUCAGCAUGCCUCUCGAAACGUUUUCCGACAACGUCGACGUCAACAUAUGGUCCGAGUUCGCGCACACUGCCAUAUCAGGGUAUCGUGCGGUCACUGUACACCUCCAGAGUGGCCUUCAUGAAGGGCAGUUCGACUUCAGCUUGCAUCUCACCGACUGGCGAGUCCGGGCCGAACGAUACAAAGAUUCCAUUCACACUGGGCCAUUUGGCGGACGCCCAGCAUGCACCGUGCCUCUCCCUCCGCUGCCCGUGCCCGACGACCCGUUUGUACGGCGCCCAUCAUUCGCGGUGCCUCUAUCGCCACCCCCGCUACUCGACGCUGUACCUCGGCAGCAUAACGAAGCAGAGUGGAUCGCUCUGGGUUCCCCGUGGGACCGCACUGUACCGGCAGCCAACGUGCUUCACACGCUCAUCCCCAACUACGUUAUUCGACACCGAGGGCAAAAGCGCACGGUUGCCAACAUCUUUCUCGGGGUUGACCUCCAUGAAGGCGACAUUGAAUAG